AUGAAAAAAAUUAGACAAAGUAAUGAAUUAUAUAAGAAUAUUUAUGAGAAUAAAGAUGAAAAUUCUUCAAAUAAAAGCAAUAAUUCAUAUGAUUUUGUAAGAACAAAUUUAAAUGUAAAAAGAAAAGAAAAAAGCUUAUUUAUAAGAAAAGAAAUAUUUGAUCAUACGAUCAUAUAUACAACAAGCAAACUAGAAGAAGGCUCAUUAUUAACUUAUUUAAGAAAUUUUUAUGAAUAUUUUAAAAAAAGAAAACAAAAUAAUAAUUAUGAAAAAAACUUAAAUGAAGAAAUAUAUAUUUGCUUAAACGAUUGGUUAGCUUAUAAUGAAUUAGUAAAUAAUCAGGAUAAUAUAUUAUUUAAUGUUUUUAGUACAAAUAUUUGUAAAUCUUUGUGGAUUUUAUUAAGUAUAACAUUACAAUGUGUGAGAAAAAAAAAUAAUUUAAAUAAGCAAAACACAAUAUUUAACACAUCAUUUGAAGAGUUACACAUUUACAAAACAAAUAAUAAAAAAAAAGAAAAGAAAUGCACAGAUGGUGAGAAAAAGGAGUUACUUAACAAAUAUGACAAAUAUAACAUAAAAGAUAACGAAGAUAAAAAUAUCAUGGAUCAUAAUAAAAUGAGCAAUAAUGAAAAUAAAAAAGAUAUAGAUUCUAUAAAGAGAAAUGAUAAUUAUUUUAGUGUGUGGAAUGAUGGAUGGUUAAAUGAAAAUAUAUGUAUAGAGUUAGUAAUAUUUUUUAUAAUAUUGCAAUUUCUUAAAAUAGAUAAUGUAAAAAAAAAAUAUGAUAAAAGUUUAAGUGAGGAUUGUUGGCCUAAUUAUAUGGAUUCCCCUAGAUCAGUUAGUAAUAGUAGUAAUUCCUCUUUAAAAAAUUUAAAUAAUUUAAAUAAUUCUUUGUAUAGACAGAAUUUAUCAGAUUUUUUUAAUUUUUGUGGAAAAAAUUACAAAAAUUUUUUAAAAACUUACUUAAUUGCAUUUUUAUCAUCUACUGAUAUUUCAAAUAGUACUUUAUCAGAUAUGCCAUUAUAUUUUAAAAAUUAUCAUUUCUUUCUAUUAGAUUUUAUAAUUGAUACUAAUGAUAAUAAAAAUGUUCAUGAAAAAUUUUUAUUAAAUAAUGAGUAUCAAAUUUUAUAUAAAACGAAAAAUAUUUUAAAUUGGUUAUUAGAUAGUUUGUGUAUAAAUGAAUCAAAUUAUAAUGUAGGUAUGAUGAAUAUGUGUUAUUCUUCUGAUAUUUAUGAAAACGAUAUUUUAAAUUAUGGGAUUGAAAAAAUAAAUAAUGACAUAUAUGAAAUUAAAAAUUUACAAGGAAAAACCUUAUAUAUAAAUAAUGAUAAAAAUAUUGUUAAUAUAAUUAAUUGUAAAGAAUGCAACAUAUUCAUUAUAUCAACAGUAGAAUAUUUAAAAAUAAAUUUUUGCAUAGAUUGUUAUAUAAUAUGUUUAUCAGUAGAAAUGAUUACCACUUUAUUUAACUCAAGUAAUAUUGAUAUUCAUUUAGUUACAAGAUGUUUGAAAAUUGAAAAUGCUGUUGAUACAAAUAUUUAUGCGUAUACAGAGACAAAUAUAAUUAUAUUUGGUGAUACUAGAAAUAUUCAAUUAGCACCUUAUAAUAUUUUAAAUUCUAAUCAAAAAAAAUGCUUAGAGAAAUCAAAAAUAGUUUUUAAUGAAAAAAAUUGUGAACUUUUUGCAUUUCCACUAAAAUGCAAAACGAAUUUAUGUCAUUCUUCUUUAAAUUUAACUAAUACACUUAAAACUUCUAAUAACAAUUUUAUGAACACAUAUGAUGAAAAUAAGUUGUUAAGUAGAGAAAUUAUUACCAGUAAUAAUAAUAAUUAUCAUUUAAAUGAUAAUAAAAAACUAAAUAUUUCUAAUAAAACACAUGAACAUAAUAAUCUCGCUAGUUCAUUUACUGAUUAUGUUUAUUAUUUAUUGAACCCUUCUAAUUUCUUCUUAGUUGAAUUUUCAGAUAAUGAUUUAUAUUGUAAAAAAAAAAACAUGAGUGAUAACUUAAAUGAAAGUAAGUGUAACUCUAAUGAAAAUAUAAAUUAUAACUUUAAUGAAUGCAAAAAUAAUUCUGAGAACAAUAAUUUAAAAUAUAACUUUAGUAAUUAUGUAAAUAAAAUUACAAAUGAUAAAUAUGUUUGUUUGUUUUUGCCUGAAGUUUAUAAAAAUGCUAUUGAAAAUCAAGAUGAACAUAUUCUUAGUUUUCUAAAUUUUAUGAAUAGCAUAAAAUUAACUAAUUCACAGAAACAAAAGAUAACAAAAAUAUUGACUUUUAAAUUAUAUGAAUAUAUUAGAAAAUCGCAAAAAACGUUUAGAUUAUUAAAUGAUUUCAUAAGAGAUCAAGAAAAUGCUAAUGUUUAUUUUAAUAAUUAA